GCGAGACUUGACUCGCAGUGCAAUCCUCUCGAAUGUCGACUCUAAUCUGCAGCCGUUCAAAAUCGGUCGAUAAAAGCGCAUAAUAAAAAAUAAUUUAAUGACAUGGCUGACUGUGUCGUUAGUGUGUGCUUGGUCGUGCUUGUGUAACUAAAAACCGCUAUUUUAGACUAAAAAGCAGUAUAAUUGAAUCUACACCUACAAAAAGCAACCAAACAGAAAAUCAAACACUACUCAUCAAUAUUGUUUCUUUACAAACCACAAUUAACGGAAAAAUACUCAACAAAUUUGAAAAAAUCUUUCACCGAAACCAAGAAAUCGCGACAUUAAUCUUAGUGUUAUCGAGACAAAAAGCCUUAAAAAAAAGAAAAUAUUCGUAAUGCAAUUGUGAUCUCCACGUUUUAUUUUUUUCAAUUUUUUUUUGUUUGAGAACAAAACGAACAAAAGAAAAAAAGAAAACAAGUGUUAAGGAAAAAAGUAUUGAGGAAUCGGGGGAAGUUAUAACAAAACAACUCAGCACGCAUUUACGACAUCUCUUGAGACGGGGAAACCGAGAAUUGAAUUGAUCGAUCAAGAAACAACCAUCGCCACCACAACUACCAGCAGCAGUGUAACCAUCGGAGAAGCGACAGUCAACCCCCCAAUUUGAAGCUAAACAAAUAGCCAACCAGCGCCUACCAGUCGAAAAGGACGACAGUUGCCAGCGGUGGUUAGCCCGGAGAAAAGUCAGCCGUACAGAGUGUGUGGCGUGGUGCCACUUCUGCCCGGCGGACGGCGGUUCCGUGAUAACAGCGACGGCACGAAGAAGGUAAAAGCUGGCCUCAGCGUACAUCAUUAGCAGUAACUGCCAUAAGGCAAUCUAGAACAUCUUUUAGCAACAACUACAGCAUCCUGCUGCAGGAGGAGAAGCUUAGUGCGAACCGAAUCGGCAAGUGUAUAAAGAAGGCAAACAGAUAAGCAAGCAAAAAAGCAAACCUAGCGCAAGUGCGAUUGUGCGGAAACAGAAGAACGAAGACAGUGGAAAAGAAUAAACGAAUAAGAACAGUAAUCGUUGGUGUGCUUUUCGUGGUUAUCAUCUUCGUAUCAUUAUCGCUGUUAUACUAAACAAAAUUGUGGAAAAUAAUCUACUGAGCGCGGAAUCCUGUGAAGAAUUGUGACCAGACUCUCCAGCAGACGGACCCUACAGCCCUACAAAACAUAGUGCGUCCUUGCUACGGAUAAUACAGAGUGUGGAAGUCAUCAGAGCGAGGACUGGGAGCAAAAUCGACUCGCGCUGUCAAACACAGCCCUCGUCAGUGGAAUAAAAGAGAAGAAUAUAUCCGAUAAGGCUGAAUUGUGAAUAUAGAAACCAAAUUCAAAUAUUAUUAUUAAUAAUUAGAAAAGCAAGAAGCAAGUAGAAAUCAACCAUUUUUUUCUUCGUCGUAAGUGAUUAUUAAGGAAAAAGCUUCACACUUGAAAGACACCUGCAACUAGUGGAAAUUUUUAGUGUGAUUACAUUAGAAACAAAAAGAAAAAAAAAACUGAUACAAAACAAGAGAAGCGUUAGACUUUGGUGUGCACGAUUUUGGAUAAUUGGAUCAUAAGUCAGAACGGCUUUAUUCAGUGAUUUCCAUACCGUAUAAGGAUUCUAAGAAAAGUGAAAGUGACUCUAAGAACAAACCGCUGGUAUAAAGAAUCUGAAGAUCAUCGUUAUCUAUCGUACUCUGAAGGAAUCUUUCGAGUCGGAGCAGUUGUACGGAAGUAAGGCAGAGGCGAAAUCAGGCACAGUGGACUCAUCGCAGUCGCGUUCUAUCAGACGAGGAGUGGCAGCAACAGGUCCGAUUCACUCGGGUGCGCUCAUGAACAUGGGAAGCCAGGCCAGAUCCUUCCGCUCGGCUGAUGCUGGUCCGUUCAUGGACUUUGUCGACUACGGUCAACGGGACAUGAUGUUCGGCGGUCAAGGUGGUAAUCCACCAUCUGCAUCGCGUCCUCCGCUGACGCCGUCGAACUCAUUCCCACCGAUCGGAACAUUCACCUUGGACUCGACCACCAUGGCGGCGGCUCCUCAGAGCCAGAAUGCCGUCUUUGGCGGUGGUGAUACGAUGGGUGUUCUCGGGGGAUCCGGUGGCAGCGGAUCGAUUGGAGUCUUCAACGCUAACUCAAUGAUGAACAUGCCCGGGAAUGGUGCCGGCAGCGGAAGUGGUGCCAGUGGAUCCGGUGGAGGCGCAUCCGGCGGUGCUGGUAACUCGAACAACUCGUAUGGUUCUGGUGGACCAGCGAAUAGCAACGGGGUCGAUGCCAACCAAGGUACACGUGAAACGGGUAUCAUCGAAAAGUUGUUGCAUUCGUAUGGGUUUAUUCAAUGCUGCGAACGCCAGGCUAGGCUCUUCUUCCACUUUUCUCAGUUCGGUGGCACCAUCGAGCAUCUGAAGAUCGGUGAUCCGGUUGAGUUUGAAAUGACGUACGACCGUCGUACGGGAAAACCGAUCGCCAGUCAGGUGACGAAGAUCGCUCCGGAGGUGGUGCUGUCCGAGGAACGGGUCACCGGAACGGUUACCACCGAGCUGAAAACCGAAUCGUCACUAGCUUCGUCAAGUGACACCACGACCGGUCGCAUCAGCUAUGAGAACCGUGGCGAGUGCUUUUUCCUACCUUAUACCAAAGAUGAUGUCGAGGGAAACGUUUGUCUAAGAGCUGGCGACAAGGUCAGCUUUCAGAUUGCCACCAAUCAAAGGGGUAACUUGGGAGCAUGCCAUAUUCGGUUGGAGAAUCCGGCCCAUCCGGUCAAGUAUCGUGGAGUGGUUUGCUCGAUGAAGGAUACUUUCGGUUUCAUCGAGCGUGCGGAUGUUGUGAAGGAAAUUUUCUUCCACUUCUCGGAAACCGAUAAUACGAUUGAGCUGCGCCCAGGAGAUGACGUUGAGUUUAUUAUUCAAACCCGGAAUGUAAGUCUUUUUUGCAACCCCGAAAGGACAAAUUUUCAUCUUCCUACCGUUUCAAAGCAGGGUAAAGAGGUGGCAUGUAACAUUGCCCGCCUCCCACCGGGGUCGGUCAUUUUUGAAGACGUCGAUUCAACCAUCUACAAGGGCCAGGUGCUCAAGUCGCUCGACCGCAACAACCAGUUGCGCCAACAGAACAACGAUCCGCUACCCGGACGAAUUAGAUAUAGAGCUGCCGAUCAUUCGGAAGUAGAAGUGCCAUUCGGGGACAAGGACCAGAAGGGUGAUUUCACCCUGCGCCAUGGUGACUGGGUGCAGUUCUUGCUGGCGACCGACCGUCGCGAUCAGCUGCAGCGUGCCACGUCGAUCUCACUGCUGGACGAAACGUUCCAGGUUUCCGGUGAGAAGCGUGAACAAGGCGUCGUAGCUGCGCUCAAAGAAGGUUUUGGUUUCCUGCGCUGCGUCGAGCGUAACAUAAGACUGUUUUUCCACUUUACCGAGGUGUUGGACACGAGCCGCGAGAUUUGCGUUGACGAUGAGGUGGAGUUUACUGUCAUUCAGGACCCCGGCUCCAGCUUCGCCAACACUCGCCAGAGUGCCAUCCGCAUCAAGCACCUACCGGCGGGAUCGGUCAAGUUUGAAACCCUGAUCGAAAGCAACGUCGAGGGUAUCGUGUCGCGUGAGGCUCCCAAGAGCCCGAUCAAGUCACAGGAACGUACCGAGGGGGGUGUCAUUUCCUACGGCCAAGGCCCCAACAAAAAGACUAUAAUGUAUUUCUUGAAAGAUUGUGAUAAAGCACCGCGUGUGGGUGAUAAAGUUAGAUUCAAUAUCUGUCAGGUUAAACGUAACAAAGAGUUGAUCGCUACUAACAUUCAGGAAAUCAGUAACCAACUUCAGCACCAGUCGUCUCUUACCGGCGGUAGUGCCGGAGAUCAGCAACAAGGUCAACCACAGCAAAUUCAGCUGGCGUCAUUGCACGGCCUCCAGCAGCAACCGCAUUCGCCGGGCGGCGGAAUGAACAACGGCAACCGCAUGAAUAGCACUUCGGCCAUGAUGAAGGCCAGCUAUGCCAACGGAAACAUCAAGCCCGGCAAGGUUCACCAUGGUUUCAUCGCUGUGUUGAAGGAGAAUUUCGGCUUCAUCGAAACAUUCGAGCACGACCAGGAAGUGUUUUUCCACUUCAGCAAUUUCAUUGGCAACACCAAUGCCCUCGAGCUAGGCCACGAGGUAGAGUAUUCACUCUCUACGCGCAGUGCUGUUAAUGCCGGCAACUGCAUUCCGGCCGAGAACGUUAAAGUUAUCCCGAAGGGCAGCAUUCCGCAGCCGAAGGUCCUGCCGGCCGUUUAUAACGGUGUUGUAUUGCGCCCACUCCGGUGCAUCAACCCGGACCAACCGGAGUAUUGCGGAUUGGUGCAGGUGCGUAACGAAGCCGGCGAAUCUAUGACCACGCAUGAAUUUGGUAUUACCAGUCUGAAGAACAAGCGGGAUCUGCUGCAGAAGGACGACAUGGUCACCUUCAAGGUCGACGAACAGAAUCGUGCUGUGGAGGUCACAUCAAUACGUACUAAGAAACAGGCCAAGGUCGACUCCGUCAAGGGCUUGUUCGGUUUCCUGGACUUUGAGGUUGAGGAAGGCAAGAAACUGUUCUUCCACAUGUCCGAGGUUCAGGGAGGUGGUUGCUUGUAUCCUGGCGAUUCGGUUGAAUUCUCCAUCGUUACAAAUCAGCGCAACGGCAAAACAUCUGCUUGUAACAUGGUGAAGGUAGCUGACGCGAACGGAGUACGUGCCGAGCGACUCCUCUCGCGCAUCAAGCUCAACUCGGUUGACGACAGUGGACCACGCUUGACAGUAAUUCGUGCACCGAAAGGACCAGAUGGUACAAAAGGCUUCCAUAUUUCAGUCAGAGCUCCACGUUUAGUUGGAAUUGGCAUGGAAUGAACACUUUACACUAUUAUUAAUGAAUAAUAACGCUAUAGUUUUUUUGUUUUAUUUUUCUAAUGAUUUAUUAUUUAAAUUAUUUAAACAAAUCUUUUUAUUGCAACCUAUACCUUUAUUGUGAAACGUAAACGCUAAGUGAUUAUUAUUUAUAAACGAAAACAGAAGAAACAAACAAGAAAAAUGUAACAAGUAACAAAGUGAAAUGAAACAAUACGCCGCAUAUAUACACAAAAAUACACACACAAACAUAUAUACAAAGAAACAAUUGUGAGAAAAGCGUUAGGAACCAAACAAUUACUGAAAAAACAGCAAAGAAAGCAAAAGCAACAUAACGUAACUAGCGCAUUAAAAAGAAGCUGCAACUAUUGCCGACUAGAAGGAAGAAAAAGAAGUGUAAUAAUCAAAUCAAACGAAAAGGGAAAAUCGCGUAUGUUUUACUAAGAAAAACAGUUUAUACACAAAAUUAUGUAAUUAUCGCCUGAUGCAACGCUCGUAAAUUGAACAGUAAAUAAAAGUAAAUCAGUUGCAAAGGCGCAUUCUCUUUACUGUUAUAACUAUUGUUUCUAAAAGAUGUACUAAUUGGAACGAAGAGAAAAUAAGAACGAAGAAAAAAAAACGUUUGCUCUGUGCCAGAGUUUUUGAAAUCGUGAUUUUAACAUUUUUUAAUUGUUUUUGCACGUGAAACCCAUUCGAGGGCCGCCAAUUGUUUUGUCGUCCACUCGUGUGCGUGUGAGUUGUGUGCGCCAGCCGUACAACGUAUCGUUUUUUCGAUAGUUUUUCAUCACUGUUUUUUUUAGCUGUAUCAGUUAGGACUCUGUGCAACUCUAUUGCCUCGCACGAGUGGUAUACUACGUUUCAGUACGAAUGCAACCCAAAAGAAUAAUAUGAGCAACCGAAGCAAACAAAAUAAUUGAUUGUUUUGAGGAAGAAUAAAAAAAUUUCACGCGAAUCAGCGAACGGAACGAUACACAUGAUUAACCUAGAGAAUAAUAAGAUUAUUAAUGCAAGCAAGUAAAAAAAACCAUUAAGACAUGAAUCUAAUUCAUCGCUCUACGAAUCGCUAAAUGUAACACAUGCAAAAGAUAAUGGAACAACAAACAACCUACUAGCAAAGAAUACCAAAAGCUAUUCGUUUCGUGAAAAAGAAGAAAAGAAAUUAAUCGGAAAUCUUCAGACUGUUAUUGCCCACACUUUUUCAAUGUGUCCUGUCUUUUAGAAUUUACCCUCGAAUUAUCUAUUAUAUACAAAACAAAAACAAACGCUAAAAGAGUGUGGUGAAAAGAAAAUAAUUGCUAUUAAAUGUCGGCUUACUUCUCAUCGAUAGCCUCUCCGGUCGAACUGGAGUUAUGUGCGCGUAGUGAGAAACAUUUUAUGAAAGUUAUAGUUGGAUGGAUUUGUUCGUUCCUUUCAAUUUCGAUAUUUCCUUUUUAUUUCUCUGUAUUUUAAUUAAUCCGCGAUUGACAAGAUUAUUUAAUGCUUUUUUUUAAUGUAUUUUAUUUGUACUUUUCAUUCGAGGUUUCUAUAUGUUUGUUUUCUCACGAGAGUUGACGGCGCAAUUCAAAUUGAAACUAUUAUAAAUUUAUCCGGCAAAUCUCAGCAGCAUCGAGACGGUUUAUUCAAAAAAUAAAACAAAUGGUCAACUUAUAUGACCUUAUUGCGCGCUUAUUCUUCAAAGCGAUUGUUGAAAAACAUUUUUCGAAUACGCACUUAAUUCUAUUGAAAAUAGUCUAUACCGAUUAUUUUCACGACACUUUAUUGCCAAAUAACGUCGAUUACAUGUGAUUAUGCCACAUUGUUUGAUAGACACCCCAUUCAUUAACUCGUCUGAAAGGAAUAAACAAAUCUAAUCAUCAUUUUCUAAUCACUAUGCGACACAACCAGAUGAAAAACAGUUAGGAACAGUAAUGCAACAAGUUAUUGGUUGAACACUCGUAAACGUACUAUUUAUAAGUGUGAUUGAAACUUGAAACUAAUUUAAGGGUAAAUAAAUUCGAAAAGAAUAAACUUUUGUGGAAAAAAGAGGAGGGAGGCUAUCGUUAUCAAGUAACAAGUAUCCUGUUGAGCUCCCUGUUUUGUUUUAUUAAUCAUCAACUUGAUCUAGUCUUCGUAACAAAAGCAAGUAAACAAGAAGAAGAAUAUAAGAAAGAAACAACAAGAACUCAUCAACACGCAACAGAACAUUGAACAACUAAUAGACCCUUCACAGCCUACAAAUGCUGCUAAGCAAAGCAACAAAACAUUCACGCCAAGUACACACAAAUGAAUCCACUACCCUCCCAGAUUCAGUCCCUCAGUUUAUGUUCAAAAUCCAAGCUACAAACCGCAAAGCAUAGCAAAAUCACAUAAACAUUACAAAAAUACUACAUUGCAUUACAUUGAUAAAUAAACUACUGGAAAAUAUAAAAGAGAAUAACUUCAAGAGACUACGGGAUCAAAAUUGCAUGUGAAAGCCAUUGAGUGUUAACUUUUUCACACCGAUCAAAAAUUAACAAGCAUCAACAAGACAAAAAAAACAACAAAUGUGAAAGCAAACAAAGAAAAAGAAUCAUUUUAAACAUGUAACGAAACGCUUCUGAUUUUUGUCCCGUAUAUAUUAUAUCCAGACAAAAGUAAAACAAACACGAAAUGUUAUUACAAUACAAAGCAAACUACACACCUACACACAGACAAGCAUAUACAAAUACAGACUCGAAUAAGAACAUAAAAAUACAUUACAGGUCUCUAUUGUUAAUUCAGGUUUUAUCAUAAUAUUACCUAAGUAACCACUGGCAUAUUGAUUUGCUUUCACGAUUAUAUAAGGCUUUUAUAAUGCUACUAGAAUAUUUGUCAGUUAUAUGACAGCACUAUAUUAGCACGUACAGCAAAAAAGUGCUUUUGAUUACUUGGGUUAUAGCAGUGUUUUAGACCAACAUGUGGUCUACAGCACCGCAAUAAAACCUGAAUUAUUUGUUUGGGAUGAACAACAACACACAGACACAAACGAAAACAAAAACAAAAAUACACAACCACAAAUACUGGAACAGCAAGGAAACUACAAUAAAAAUAACAGAAAACAGAAAAAAACAAAAAAAAAAACGCAAAAAAAGAAACAAAAAAUACACCGAAAAAAAUCAAAAAUCAAUAAACAGUGUAAUUUAAACGAAAAUCUCUAAUGUAACCAAGUAAAAGUAAAAGAUAAAAGAAACAUUGUAAGGCUAAUUACGCAAAAUCGUAUAAAACAAGAAAAAAGGAAGAAAAACAAACAUUGUGAACGCAUGGCAAAAACAAGAAACAAAACCAGAAAAAAACACAAAUAAAAAUGCAAAAAAGAUAUAUCUAAAAGCAAGUAACUAAUGGA